AUGGUUAGGCUUUCCGCUUUAAUGAAUUGUCUUAAAGUUGCCAAAAAGAUUCACAAGAGUCUCACCGACUCGAUGGAAUAUGAGUAUGUCGAGAUGCCCAACGGGAUGCGAGGGCUGAUUAUGUCGGAUCCUUCACUGGACAAGUGCAGCUGUGCAGUCUCUGUCAAGGUUGGAUCGUUUGAUAACCCGGUAUCUACUCAAGGUCUUGCACAUUUCCUUGAGCAUAUGCUGUUUAUGGGGACUGAGAAAUACCCUGAUGAAGAGGAUUUUGGCAAAUUCCUUUCAAAGAACAACGGGGAAUACAAUGCCUCCACCUAUGGAGAGGUUACUGUGUAUUACUUCGAUAUUGCUCCUGAGGCUUUUGAAGAAGGGGUGGACCGACUUGCAGACUUCUUCAAGACACCACUGCUGAAGAAAAACUCGGUGGAGAGAGAGGUGUCGGCUGUGAACUCCGAGUUCUGUAACGGACUGAAUGUUGAUGACUGGAGGAUCUGGAGGAUGAUUUCAAGAUGCUGCAAGAAGGAACUGCCGAUAUCUAUGUUCAGCACAGGAAACUACGACACACUUCGAAAAGAAGGGAUAUGGGAAGAGAUGGCAGAGUUCUGGAAACAGAAGUAUUCCUGCGAUAAAAUGUGUACAGUGAUUUGUGGAAACAAAGGUCUGGAGGAGCUAAAGGAGAUGUUGAAGAUGUUUGAGGGGGUUCCAAAGGGGACCGAGGAGAAGAAGAGCAGUGGAAACAUAGAACUUGAAGCAGACAAGGAAUGGACUGUGUUUGACUCUGAAUACACCAACCGAUGGAUCAGGGUGGAGCCUAUUGCAGAUACAAGAUCGAUUGUUGUUACAAUGACUGUUGAGUCGGGGUACAAGAUUUUCAAGAACAAUCCUUACGAGUAUGUAAUGAAUAUGUUUCUUCGGGACGAUACAAAGGGGUUUGCAUGUAGGGUUAAGGACAAAGGGCUCGUUCUGCAGGUUGAGUAUGAGAUGUGCCACUACACAGACUAUUCUCUGAUAAUAAUAACAAUGCAUCUGUCUUCCGAGGGAAACAAAAGACCUGAAAGAGUUCUUUUAGAACUUGUAAGGUAUCUCAAAGACAUCCCCAUCUCUUCUGAUGAGUAUGAAGAGAUCCAAAAGAGAUCGAGAUAUGUGUUCAAGUACGAGGAGAGUGACGAGCCUAUGUACCAGGCACAGAAGAUCUCUAGAAACAUGCAGUUUUUCCCGGUUGAGAAUGUUCUUGAUAACGAACACUGUUUUGAGAAAUUUGACAAGAACGAGAUCAAGGGGAUUGUGGAAAAGAUGAUGAACUUCCCAAAGUGGCUUGUGUUCCAUGUUGCAAAGGGAACAGGGAUGUUUGACAUGCGCGAGGAGAUAUAUGGGGUGAGAUACAAUGUGGGAGACCAGAUAUUUGAGUUGGACUUACCAAAGAAAGAAGAAAAGGUGUUCCCAAAUGUCCUUCCCCAGAAGUCCUCUAAAGGAAAGAAAGAAGAAGUCAAGAAGAUUGUCCAGAAGAUGACGGAUUUCUCCAAAUGGCUCGAACUUCAAGGGCAAAAGGAUUUAAAGGGGGAGUUUAAAACAGAAGAGGUGUAUUCUCCGAAGUACAAUGAAAAAGACAAAGUGGUCUCUGAAGACUCACUGGAGAAGGCAGUUGAGUGGAAGGAAGGAGAGAUGAUAAAAAUCGAGGCCCCUUCAGAAAUUAUUUCAAAGGAGGUUUCUGGAGGAAAAAUCAACUACCUGUUUAACGAUACCUACAAGGUUCCAAAGGUCUUUAUAGGAUGUCUUCUUCGAAUGGACCAAAUCAAUGAGAACAUGAUUAACUUGAUAUUUCUGCUCAGAAAUGCCAAGAGCCAAUUCUUUAGAAGGCACGAUGGAUAUCUUCACGGAACAGGAAUGAACAUCGAUGUUCGUGUCGAGCACUAUGGGGUGGAGAUUCGGAUAGAAUGCUUUAACCACAUGAGUGUUGAGAUCUCCCGGCAGUUUUUCGACAUUCUGUUUGAAGAGCCCAACCAGUCACGGCGGAACCUUGUGAAGGAGCGGAUUUGGAAUGAGUUUGAGACAAAGAGAAACGAAAGCCCUCACAAGCGAUGCAAUGAAGGGCUGAAGUGCAUGAGGAUUCCCGGACAUUUGAUGGCAGAGGAGCUGAUGGAGAAGCUGAGCUCUGUAGACACGGAAUUCAAGAUGAGCCGAAAGUUCUUCUUGGAAAUGUUUGUGAUUGGGAACAUCGAGUAUCAAGAUGCCGAGAAGAUAUUUGAAAAUAUUCUUUCGAAACAGGAGGAAGUAUACGAUUAUGUAAAGAAAGAUCUUCUUGAUGGAAAAUACAGAUGUGAUGUGAAAACAAGCGACAAGGUGAACAAUGCAUGUUCCUUGAACUACUAUUGCGGAAAAUGCAGGAACCACAAGGAUGCAGCCAUAGCCCACUUUGUACAACAGUCAUGCAAAGCGAUGUUCUUCGAUGAUCUGCGGACAAAGGAAGAGCUUGGGUAUGUAGUUGGGUCUGGGGUUCUGAAUCUAGAUGACGAGCAGUACAUCAAAUUCAUAGUGCAAAGCGAGAAGGAUGUAGACUUCCUUGAAAAGAGGAUAAGGAAGUUUGUAAAAGACCUGGACGAAUACUUCAGAGAGAUGAGCGAAGAUCAGUUUGAAGAGUUCCGAAACGGAGUCAUCUCGUUCUUCAGGGAAAGGAAGAAAAACUUUGAAAUCUACAGCACCGACAUAUGGAACAAGUAUCUAAGGGGUAUAAUCGACCUGAGCUAUGAAGAGAAAGUUGUUGAGGCUGUCAACGAGAUAGCAAAAGAAGACCUCUCUAUUGAUGAGAUACUCGGGCCGGUAUAUGUCUCCAGAGUGUUUGCUCAUUAA